GGCAAGCCAUGCGUACACAACUGGUUUGGGAUUAUGAUUAAAAUGGCGUUGUAAUCAAAGUGUGGAUUGUUUUGUUUACAUUUUCAGGACUAUUCGUGAUUCUUGAUUGAAGUUAUAAAUCUUCAAGUUGAUGGCUUCAUAUUUCCCUGACACAGACAGCGAAGAUGAACUGCCUUUGGGAUGGGAAGAAAGAGUUGAUCCAGAUGGACGUGUGUUUUUUGUUGACCACACAAAUAAAACCACUCAAUGGUUACAUCCAAAAGAUGGUAAAGCAAGGAGAGUUCCUGAUGAGUUGCCCUUUGGCUGGGAAAAGAUAGUCAAUGAUCAAGGUGAAAUCAUAUUCGAAGAUCAUAUUAAUAAAAAGAAGACCCUAACUGACCCUAGAUUGGCCUUUUCAUAUGAAGACAAACCAAAUGGCACAGUAAGACAAAGAUACGAUUCAUCGACUACAGCCAAUGUUAUCCUGAAUGGAAGAGAUUUAACCGGUAAAGUAGCAAUUGUUACUGGUGCAUCAAGUGGAAUAGGACUUGAAAUUGCUCGGAGUUUAUCUUUCCAUGGAUCCACCGUUAUUAUGGCCUGUCGCAACUUGGAAAAGACAAAUAAAGUGAUCUAUAAAUUACGCGGACAAAGACCAAAUGUUAAACUAGUUGCCAUGGAAUGUGAUUUAUCCAGCUUCACAAGUGUACGAAAGUUUGCUCAAGAUUUUCAAAAGUUGAAUCUAAAACUACACAUGCUUAUUUGCAAUGCUGGCGUCUUUUCCCUGCCUUUUGGGUUAUCUGAGGAUGGUUUUGAACUGACGUUUCAAAUUAAUUUUUUGGCUCAUCUUUACUUGAUCAAGCUUCUUCAGGAUAAUUUGGUAGACUCAUCGCCUUCUAGAAUAAUUCUUGUCUCCUCUGAAAGUCAUCGCUUCAGUCGUUUAACCACCAAUGAUAUCACCAGUGAACGUCUCUCACCAUUAUCCUCUAGAAACUUCGUAGCUCUCGAAGCUUAUAAUGACUCCAAACUAUGUCUCAACUUGAUAACUCGUUAUUUGGCCCGAAUGUUCCAAAAUUACGGUGUAACUGUACAUUGUUGCCAUCCUGGUAAUAUGAUCAAUACAGACAUUUCUCGGAAUUGGUGGCUUUGGAAACUGCUUUUUUCUUUUGCUCGUCCGUUCACUAAAUCAAUUGAACAGGGAGCGGCAACUCCAGUUUAUUGUGCGACUUCAAAGGACUUGGAAAACAUAUCUGGACUGUAUUUUAAUAAUUGCACUCAAUGCAACCCCUGUCCUGAAAUUGAAAACGAUGAAUUGAUCAUUAAACUUUGGAAAUUAUCUGAAUCAAUGAUUGCUGAACGAAUUAAAGAGCUUUAAAACCAAAA